AAAAAAAAAAAAAAAAAAAAGAAACCAAUGAGGGAUAGUGGAUGGACAGAAAAAAAUGUUACCCGGUUAACCUUUGAACCGUCUUCCUUUGUGUUAACAAGAAGUCACAAGACAAACUCCCGUUUAAUUUCACGAAUGACAGUCCUAACGAGACUACAAGUUCAGAACAAAGCGAGGAGGAAGACACACACGCCAUGUCCUCUGUCUACUUCAACCCAGGGUCAGAUUCAGGUGUAAAUGGAAACAUUGCAAAGAUGGAAGAUGCCAAAGUGGAGAUUGACGAUGGAAAGGAGGAGAGUGUCGUACCAGACACGAUGUAUCACAAUAUCCGGAAGAAGAUAACACCUUUUGUUACGUCCUUUGGAUUUCGUAUUUUCGGAGUGAUCCUGAUCCUAGUGGACUUUGUGCUGGUGAUUGUGGACCUCUCCCUGUCGGAGAAGAGCAGAGAGGUCGGAAACGCUUUAGAGGCUGUGUCCCUCACCAUCUCCUUCUUCUUCCUCCUUGAUGUUCUCUUGCGGGUCUAUGUGGAGGGGUUCAAAGUGUACUUCAGCUCCAAACUGAACAUCAUAGACGCCUGUGUUGUGGUAAUCACGCUGGUGGUCACCAUGAUCUACACCUUCAGUGACCUGUCAGGAGCCAGCCUCAUCCCCAGGGUGGUGACGUUCUUUCGUUUCCUGAGAAUAAUAAUCCUGGUGAGGGUUUUCAGAUUGGCAUCUCAAAGGAAAGAGCUGGAGAAGGUCACCAGGAGGAUGGUUUCUGAGAACAAGCGGCGUUAUCAAAAAGAUGGAUUUGACCUCGACCUUACCUAUGUCACAGACCGUGUCAUCGCCAUGUCUUUCCCCUCCUCUGGGAAGCAGUCAUUCUACAGGAAUCCCAUCAAGGAAGUGGCGAGGUUCCUGGACACUAAACACGAAGGCCACUAUAAAGUUUACAACUUGUGCAGUGAGAAAGGCUACGACCCGCAGUUCUUCCACUACAGGGUUGAACGGGUGUUCAUUGAUGACCACAACGUCCCCUCCCUGGAGGACAUGCUGAAAUACACAGCGAGCGUGAGGGAGUGGAUGUCUGCUGAUUCCAAAAACAUCAUUGCAAUUCACUGUAAAGGAGGGAAAGGCCGCACAGGUACUAUGGUGUGCACCUGGUUUAUUGACAGUGAUCAGUUUGAGAGUGCACAGGACAGUUUGGAGUAUUUCGGUGAGAGGAGGACUGACAAGAGUCGAAGCUCCAAGUUCCAGGGAGUGGAGACUCCUUCUCAGAGCCGGUACGUGGGGUACUACGAGAUCAUGAAGACCAAGUUCGACAGACAGCUGCCUCCUCCUAAAAGCCUCGGGAUCAAGAGCAUCCGCAUCCACUCCAUAGCAGGUGUGGGUAAAGGUGAUGGCAGCGAUCUCAAGGUGAAGAUAAUUGUGAAGAAAGAGCUGGUAUUUCAAUGCGUUUGUGCCAAACAGGAGAACUGCACAGUAUUCCCCGAUGUGGGCAGCAACGCAGCUGUCAUCAGUCUACAGAAUGGGCCUGUGGUUGAGGGGGAUGUGAAGGUCAUGUUUGAAUCGAGCGCUGGUCUUCCAAAAGGAUACGAAGAUGUUCCCUUCUACUUCUGGUUCAAUACCUCCUUUAUAGAGGAUAACAAGCUGUUUCUACCCAGGGAAGAGCUGGACAACCCACACAAACCGAAGACCUGGGACCUGUACAAGGAGGACUUUGGUGUCACUAUGUUCUUCUCAGAACCAUAAUAAACAGGAUACAACGGGUUGUUACAGUUGUACUUUUAAUGAUGGAUGGUAGAUUGAACACUAACUCAAGAAAAAUGAGGCAUAAAAUGUUGUAUGCAGUGGGCUCCUCCACUCAGUCAAAUCAUGUAGACUGCAGUGUUGCUCUGACGAGUCUUGGCACUUAAACUGAAAUUUAUGAGGGAUAUGUGAAGAAAUACCAUGAACUAACUUGUCUUCCAGGGAAUCAGUUGAUAUAUGUAUGUAUGCACCGUGACUCUUUUGAGUGUCCUAAAAUAAAGUGUAGAAAUCUGGAAAA